AUGGCAGUAGGGAUCUGGUGCCACUGGCGCUUUAAGAAUAGAAAACUUAUAAGUAUGGCAAGCAAAAUUCCAGGCCCACCUGUGGUACCGCUCUUUGGGAAUGCCCUUAUGUUCAUGGCCAAACCGGAAGAAAUGAUCUCGAUAAUAGAAAAAAUAUUACAAGAUUACGCUGGCACAUUAAAGUUUUGGUUGGGACCAGAUCUAAAUAUAAUUGUCAGUAACCCCGAAGAUAUAAAGACUUUACUUACGAGUCCAAAAACUAGUAAAAAAGGUCCGCAGUAUAAAUACAUGGCGGACAUUUUGGGAGGAGGCAUUCUUAGUGGUUCAGAGACUAUAAUGGGAUUGAGCAAAGACGAAUCGGUCGUCAUACCGCAUCUUCAAGAAAUUAUUGACGUAAGCCCAAGUAUGUACAAAAUCAUAUUCGAGAGAAUGACGAAAUGGUACCUACAAAUUGACCCCGUUUUCUGGCUAACAGAGUCCUAUAGAACACAAAGACGUUUUAUCAAGAUAAUAUCUGACUUUGGCCAGUAUGUCAUAGAUGCUAGAAGAUCUAGAUUGGCAGCCAUGAAUAUUGACAAGCGUUUAUUACAUUCGAAGGAAGAGAAAACUACAGACUUAAGUAUAAUCGAUCGAUUUAUAUUAUCGGAAGAGCUAAGCACAGUGGAAUUGAUAAACGAAAUAAUGACUCUCUUUACUGCCAGUCAAGAAGCGUCUGGAAAAAUAUGUUCGUAUUUACUCUUGAUGCUGGCGUACCAUCCACAAUAUCAGGAAAAACUGUAUUCCGAAAUCAAUAAGGUUAUCGGCGAUGAGACAAGAGCAGUAACAGAGAACGAUUUCAAACAGAUGCCGUAUUUAGACAUGGUUUAUAAAGAAGUUGUCAGGCUGUUUCCUAUUGGUGCAAUGAUUCAAAGAACUGUUCGAGAGGAUAUUGAAAUAAGCACGUGCACAUUACCAAAAGGCUCAUCACUAGUAAUACCAAUAUACCAUAUCCAACGAGACAAACGGUUCUGGGUUAACCCGAAUGACUUUGAUCCAGAAAGAUUUAGCCCAGAAAACUCGCGCUUACGACAUCCAUGCUGCUACAUACCAUUUAGUUUGGGCCCAAUGGAUUGUUUAGGAAGGUAUUUUGGGACAAAAUUAAUCAAGACUAUUGCGGUAAAAGUUAUUCAAGAAUACAGCUUGACGUCGCUGAGUUCAUACAAGGAUCUAAGAUUAGCCAUAAGAAUUUCAGUUUUCUCUUUGAACGGGUAUCCAGUUAUUCUUACACCUAGAAAAGAAUCGACAACAUAA